AUGCCAGCAUCAAGACGACGACAAGCUUCUCAAGCCCAGAGUUCUGUGAGCAAUGAGGCACAUUCGGUGAGACAGAAACUGACGACGUCCAAGGGCUUUGAGAGACAUUUUGCAAAGCAUGACUAUCAUGAUUUUGCUCGAUGUCAGCCCAGCGAAUUGGACGAGCUUAACCUGAAACCCAUCCGUGGUGGUGUUCAGAGCCCUUUCCCAGUAGUCUUGCAUCGCAUGCUGGAAGAUUCGGGUAUCAAGAACUUUGCCGGUAUCGUAUCUUGGCAAUCACAUGGCCGUGCGUUUCUCAUUCGCCAACCAAAAGAGUUUGUGGCAUCAGUGCUUCCAAAGUACUUCAAACACUCCAAACUUUCUUCUUUCCAAAGACAACUCAGUCUGUAUGGUUUCAUCCGUCUCACCCAUGACGGAGCUGAUCGCGGAGCCUACUACCACGAAGCCUUUCUCAGGGGACGAGAAUUUCUUUGCUCCAAGAUCCGAAGAACAAGGAUCAAGGGAACCUGGAUCCGCACUUCCAGUUCCCCAACAGAGGAGCCAAAUUUCUAUCUAAUGGAACCAGUUUUUGAUCUCAACGCUACUCGCACAGCGCCAACCAACACAAACUUUCUAUCCACCAUGAAGUUUCACGCCGUAAGUGAUGAAGAUUCCUCGGCUCAAUCGAACGACACCCAAGUUCAGGCGCCACCACUUCAGCCUCCACCACCGCUCGUUCCUUCCAAUGUGGUCCGCCCUAUGGCUACCCAGAAUUUGUCCAUGAAAAUGGCCCCCAGUCCACCCCAAGCCUCACUGGCAUCAAUGGCAUCCAUGCAGUGGUUUCCCAAGGUUGUCGAGUGUGACAACAAUAACAACAACAUUUCAAAUCAGCGUUUUGGAUUUGGCUCUUUUACAAUGCCCAAUAUGAUUGACAAUGAUAUUGCUCAAUUCUUGACCGGUGUUGACCUCGACAUUGAUGAAGAGCUUUCUUUUAGCGAGGUGAUUCAAAUGAGCCCAGUCUAA